AUGGCUUCCACGAUGGCGAAAGUGAUCUGGUUGACCCUGGCGGCCGCCGCGAUGCCGAAGACCUACGACAGCCACGGCUGCUGCAUGAGCUGCGGCGAGCUGUGGUGCGACGGCGCGUGCACGACGGACAUGGCGGCGUGCGCCUCCGGCGCGUCGGACCUCGCGCGGUGCACCUUCUCCUGGGCGAACCUCCACUGGGACCUGUCGCCGCUGCGCGACGCCAAGCCCGCGGAUCAGUACUACGCCAUCAGCGACAACUACGUCCACAGCCACCAGAACUGGUCCUACGUCGUCGGCGUCUGCCGCGACGUCGGCCUCGCCGCCGCGCCCGCGGCCUGCGCGUCGACGCGGGGCUCCGGCGGCGACGUCUACGACUUCCCGAGCCCGGGCUACCAGAUCUUCAAGGGCGACUGGGGCUUCGAGGAGUGCUACCGCCUCGGGUCGCCCGUGGACCGGAGCAACUACGCCUGGGGCUUGAUCGACCCGCAGAGCCCGGCGUUCGGCAUCUACGUCCAAUACAAGGGCGGCAACACGUGCACGGACAGCAUCAGCGACAAGGCCGAGUGCGAGGACGUCAUCGACGGCCGCACGUACUGCGCGCGGAGCCUGCGGAUCAACGUCGUCUGCAACAACCGCAUCUCGGACAUCCCGCGCGUCGAGGAGGUCGUCGAGAAGCGCGGCUGCGAGUACGCCCUCACGCUCAACUCCAUGUACGGCUGCCCGACGGAGUGCCCCGUGUCCGGGGGCUCGGUCUGCGGCAACCGCGGCGUCUGCGCCUACGACGGCGUGGAGGGCGGGUACACGGUGACCGGCGACGUCGGCGCCGCGCGGUGCCUCUGCAAGGCGCCCUACGCGGGCGCGGCCUGCGAGGCCGUGGCGACCGCCGCCGCCGCCGACGAGCGGCCGCCGCGGAACGCGCUCUUCUGGGUCGGUCUGGCGAGCCUCGUCUCCGGGCUCUGCCUCGUCACGUUCUCGCGCGAGCGCCAGCUCGCGUCCCUCCUCUCGGGCCUCUGCCACUUGUUCGCGCCGCGGCGGCCGGGCGAGAUCUACAUGACGAAACAGAAGAGCUACCAGGCCGCGGACGAGACGGCGAGCCCCCUGCUCGCCGAGGCCGAGGCGUUCUCCGACGUGAGCCUGUCGCCGCGCUAG